CUUUUGCUGCCGUCGAGUUUUUAGCUGUUUAAAAAAAGGAACAUUCUAAAAUAACGAAGGGAAAAUAGCGAGGCGGGGGCCGUUUCCCCAUUUGUUAAAGAUUUGCUCCGUUGCGAUUCUAACAGCUGGUUAACACCUUGGAAAUUGUAAGUCACCGAAGAGCUGGCUACUGAUAGCUAGCGAAAGCGCACUUUACUGGAAGAUUCUUGUACAAACGUCUCUGGAGUUUUGGACCCGACUGCCUGUUACCGCUUCUCUAUGGAACUAUGCCUCGGCCCCGGUCAGCUCUGUGAGUAGACGCCGCGUUUCUGCCGCACACUCCUCCCCCUGGGAGAAGCGCACCGCUGCCAUGUCCAACAUCACCAUUGACCCCGAGCUCAAGCCCGGGGAGUACGUCAUCAAGAGCCUGUUUGCCGAGUUCGCCGUGUUGGCCGAGAAGAAGAUCGAGGUGGUGAUGGCCGAGCCGCUGGAGAAGCCCCUGUCCCGGUCUCUCCAGAGGGGGGAGGAUGCACAGUUUGACCAGUUAAUAAGCUCUAUGAGCUCAAUAGCGGAACACUGUUUGCCCUCACUGCUGCGCACCCUGUUUGAUUGGUACCGGCGCCAGAGCGGCACGGAGGACGAGUCGUACGAGUACAGGCCUCGCUCUAGCACAAAGUCCAAAGGGGAUGAGCAGCAUCGGGACAAAGACUAUCUACUGGAACGGCGAGACUUAGCCAUAGAUUUCAUUUUCUGUUUAGUUUCAGUGGAGGUUUUAAAACAGAUUCCUCUUCACCCAGUGCCAGAUGCUUUAGUACAUGAAGUUCUCAACCUGGCCUUCAAGCACUUUAAACACAAGGAAGGGUACUCGGGACCCAACACUGGCAAUGUGCACAUCGUCGCUGACCUGUAUGCUGAAGUGAUCGGCGUCCUCACGCAGUCAAAGUUCCAGGCGGUCAGGAAGAAGUUCAUGACGGAGCUGAAGGAGCUGAGGCAGAAGGAACAGAGCCCCCAUGUGGUGCAGAGCAUCAUCAGCCUCAUCAUGGGCAUGAAGUUCUUCCGCGUCAAAAUGUACCCUGUGGAGGACUUCGAGGCCUCCUUCCAGUUCAUGCAGGAAUGUGCACAGUAUUUUCUGGAGGUGAAAGACAAGGACAUCAAGCAUGCUCUGGCAGGCCUCUUUGUGGAGAUCCUCAUCCCUGUUGCUGCUGCAGUGAAAAAUGAGGUGAACGUGCCAUGUCUGAAGAACUUUGUGGAAAUGCUCUACCAGACCACUGUGGACCUCAGCUCCAGAAAGAAGCACUCUCUGGCCCUGUACCCUCUGGUGACGUGUCUACUGUGUGUCAGUCAGAAGCAGUUCUUCCUCAACAACUGGCACAUAUUCCUGCAGAACUGUCUGUCACACCUGAAGAACAAAGACCCCAAAAUGUCCCGUGUGGCGCUGGAGUCCCUCUACCGGCUGCUGUGGGUCUACAUCAUCAGGAUCAAGUGUGAGAGCAACACCGUCACUCAGAGUCGUCUCCUCAGCAUUGUUUCAGCACUUUUCCCCAAGGGAUCUCGCAGUGUGGUCCCGCGGGACACACCUCUCAACAUCUUUGUCAAGAUCAUCCAGUUCAUCGCUCAGGAAAGACUUGACUUUGCAAUGAAAGAAAUCAUUUACGACCUCCUCUGUGUUGGGAAGUCACACAAGACCUUCACCAUUAAUCCAGAGAGGAUGAACAUUGGGCUCAGGGCCUUCCUGGUGAUUGCGGACAGCCUGCAGCAGAAGGAGGGUGAGCCUCCCAUGCCCACCACAGGCGUCAUCCUGCCCUCUGGCAACACCCUGCGCGUCAAGAAGAUCUUCCUUAACACCACGCUGACUGACGAGGAGGCCAAGGUCAUAGGUAUGUCGCUGUACUACCCACAAGUGCGGAAGGCCCUGGACAAUAUCCUGCGUCACCUGGACAAAGAGGUGGGCCGGCCAAUGAGCAUGACCAGCGUGCAGAUGUCCAAUAAGGAGCCAGAGGACAUGAUCACGGGUGAGCGGAAGCCAAAGAUAGAUCUUUUCCGGACGUGUGUGGCUGCGAUCCCUAGGCUAAUCCCAGAUGGCAUGAGCCGACAAGACCUCAUCGACCUGCUGGCCAAGCUCACCAUCCACAUGGACGAGGAGCUGAGAGGCCUGGCCUUCACCACGCUGCAGGCCCUCAUGGUGGACUUCCCCGACUGGAGGGAGGACGUGCUGUCCGGCUUCGUUUACUUCAUCGUGCGGGAGGUGACCGAUGUGCACCCCUCUCUGCUGGACAACGCCGUCAAGAUGCUGGUGCAGCUCAUCAGCCAGUGGAGACAGGCUGUGCAGUCCAGCAACAAGAGCCAGGGCCCCGCGUCGGGCGGCUCGCCCUGCCUGCCUCUGGAGCGCUCCCCGCUGGCCAGCGUGCUGCACGUGGUGGAAGGCCUGGCCCUGGUGGUGCUGUGCAGCUGCCGCCCUGCCACGCGCCGGCUCGCUGUCAACGUGCUCAAGGAGGUGCGCGCCCUCUACACCGCCCUCGGCAUCUCCAAGGGUGAGGAGGAGCUGGCCAUCGAUGUGAUGGACAGGUUGAGUGCUUCAGUGUUAGAGAGUUUCAUCCACCUCACAGGUGCAGAUCAGACCAGCCUGCUGUACUGCCCCAGUGGGAUCGACCUGCAGACUCUGGCAGAGUGGAGCUCCUCCCCCAUCAGCCACCAGUUCGACGUGGUCAGCCCCUCCCUCAUCUGGAUCUUUGCCCACGUCACGCAGGGCCAGGACCCCUGGGUCAUCAGCCUGUCCAGCUACCUGCGGCAGGAGAGCCUGCCCAAGCACUGCCCCACUGCCCUCAAUUACGCCUGGAUGUUCGCCUACACCCGCUUGCAGCUGCUGUCCCCACAAGUCGACAUCAACAGCCCCAUCAAUGCCAAGAAGGUGAACAGCAUGAGCAGCAGCGACUCCUACGUGGGCCUGUGGAGGAACUACCUGAUCUUGUGCUGCAGUGCGGCCUCUUCUUCGUCCUCCUCUUCCUCGUCCUCCUCCACCUCCGGCUCCAUGCGCUGCUCCCCACCCGAGACGCUGGCAUCCACCCCCGAUAGCGGCUACAGCUACGACUCCAAGAUGAUUGGCACUCCGUCUCCCUCCUCCCUGUUCAAGCACAUUGUCCCCAUGAUGCGCUCUGAGAGCAUGGACAUCACAGAGUCUCUGGUCCUGGGGCUCGGCCGGACCAACCCUGUUGCCUUCAGAGAGCUCAUCGAAGAACUCAACCCCAUUAUCAAAGAAGCACUGGAAAGAAGGCCAGAGAACAUGAAGCGGCGCAGACGCAGGGACAUCCUGAGGGUGCAGCUGGUCAGGAUCUUUGAGCUGCUGGCCGAUGCUGGUGUCAUCAGCCAGACGGCGAGUGGAGGGCUGGACGGGGAGACCCACUCCCUGAACCCCACGCUGCUGGAGUACGUGGACCUCACACGGCAGCUGCUGGAGGCCGAGAACGACAAGGACUCGGACACCCUCAAAGACAUCCGCUGCCACUUCAGCGCCCUGGUGGCCAACAUCAUCCAGAACGUUCCAGUGCACCAGCGGAGGGCGAUCUUUCCCCAGCAGUCUCUGAGACACAGCCUCUUCAUGCUGUUCAGCCACUGGGCGGGGCCCUUCAGCAUCAUGUUCACCCCCCUCGACCGCUACAGCGACCGCAACAUGCAGAUCAACCGCCACCAGUACUGCGCUCUCAAGGCCAUGUCGGCAGUGCUGUGCUGCGGGCCCGUGGCGGAUAACGUUGGCCUGUCCUCUGAUGGAUACUUGUACAAGUGGCUGGACAACAUCCUGGACUCUCAGGACCGCAAGGUGCACCAGCUGGGCUGCGAGGCCGUGAUGCUGCUACUGGAGUUGAACCCGGACCAGAGUAACCUGAUGUUCUGGGCCGUGGACCGCUGCUACACCGGCUCCCGCAGGGUGGCUUCCGGCUGCUUCCGCGCCAUCGCCAACGUCUUCCACAACAGGGAUUACCAGUUUGACACUGUGGUGCUGCUCAAUCUGAUCCUGUUCAAGGCGGCUGAUUCAUCCAGAGACAUUUAUGAGGUGGCUAUGCAGCUACUGCAGAUCCUGGAGCCCAAGCUGUUCCGCUACGCCCACAAGCUGGAGAUUCAGCGCACAGACGGCAUCCUGAGUCCCCCAUCGCCGCUGCCACACCUCUACUCCGUCUCCUACUACCAGCUGUCCGAGGAGCUGGCCCGCACCUACCCAGAGCUCACCCUGCCCGUCUUCUCCGAGGUGAGCCAGCGCAUCCAGACAGCGCACCCUGCUGGUCGGCAGGUGAUGCUGCACUACCUGCUGCCCUGGAUGAACAACAUUGAGCUGGUGGACUUCAAGCCGUCGGCACGGCGACAGGAGGAGGCGCCCGUGGGCGAGGAAGAGGAGGACCUACGGGAGCGGGAGAUGAUGAUGGUCAACAGCCGCCGCUGGCUUAGGGGUGAGGGCUGGGGCUCCCCCCACGCCACCACCAUGGUGCUCAACAACCUCAUGUUCAUGACUGCGAAGUAUGGAGAUGAGUUUGCCUGGUCAGAAAUAGAGAAUGUGUGGACCACCCUGGCAGACAGCUGGCCAAAGAAUCUCAAAAUCAUCCUGCACUUCCUCAUCAGCAUGUGUGGAGUGAACAGCGAGCCGAGCCUGCUGCCUUACGUGAAGAAGGUGGUGGUGUACCUGGGCCGGGAUAAGACCAUGCAGCUGCUGGAGGAGCUGGUGUGUGAACUAGAGCUGACUGACCCAGUGUGCUCCGCCGUCACACACAUGGACAACCCCCCCUACUACCGCAUCACCUCCAGCUACAAGAUCCCCUCUGUUACCUCAGGAACUACUUCCAGUAGCAACACCAUGGUGCCAGUCCCUGACGGACACGACAGUAAAAUCAAGGACAGCAAUAUGGAGGACAAUUACACACACCUGGAUAUCUACAGUGGCCUGAACAGCAACCUGAGCCGCCAUCACCACCGGCUGGAGUCCCGCUACAGCAGCAGCUCAGGAGGCUCCUACGAGGAGGAGAAGAGUGACUCCAUGCCCGUAUAUGCUAACUGGCGUUUGAAGGUGAUGGACCACAACCACCCAGAGCCCCUCCCCUUCCCCCCCAUGGGAGGCUGCUGGUCCCCCCUGGUGGACUACCUGCCUGAGACCAACACACCCGCAGUUCCUUUGCACAGGUGCAACAUCGCCGUCAUCCUGCUGACUGACCUCAUUGUGGACCAUGGGGUAAAGGUGGAGUGGAGCUCUUACCUGCACUUGCUGCUACACGCCAUCUUCAUAGGGUUUGACCACCAGCACCCGGAGGUGUACGAGCACUGCAAACGCCUGCUGCUGCACCUGCUGGUCGUCCAGGGAACCAACAGCAGCAUCCAAUCGCUGGCCUCCGUGCUGCUGCGCAACCGAGAGUUCAACGACCCCAAAGUUCUGACCGUCAAGCAGGUGCCUCACGAGUACAACCUCACAGGUGUAUAUGACUUUGUGCCAGACUACCAGCCCUCGCCAAUGACAGAUUCUGGCCUUAGCUCCAGCUCCACCUCCUCCAGCAUCAGUUUGGGCUCCGCCCUUCCCCACCUGACUCCCACGGGUAGCUCUGCUCUUCCCCACCUCACGCCCACAGGGAGCUCCGGCCUGCCCCACCUCACGCCCACAGGGAGCUCCGGCCUGCCCCACCUCACGCCCACAGGGAGCUCCGGCCUGCCCCACCUGACCACCACGCUGUUGAAUGAGGUGGACCUCUCCAGCGAGCAGGACGAGAAGGUGAAGUCGCUCAUCGAGUUCAUCACGUCAAGGAAGCGAGGCCCCCUGUGGAACCAUGAGGAUGUGUCCCCUAAGAACCCCAGCAUCAAGAGCGCUGAUCAGCUGACCGUGUUCCUCACACAUGUGGUGACGGUCUUCAAACAGAGCCCUGCAGGCUUCCAGCUGGAGCAGCUGUUGAGCGAGGUGUCCCUGCAGACAGCUUUGUCCUGCUGCUCACGGCACUACGCCGGCCGCUCCUUCCAGAUCUUUCGCGCUCUGAAGCAGCCCCUGACAGCCAGCACGCUGUCCGACGUCCUCUCCCGCCUGGUGGAGACGGUGGGAGACCCUGGAGAGGAUGCACAGGGCUUUGUGAUCGAGCUGCUGUUGACGCUGGAGUCUGGGAUUGACACACUAGCUGACACACUGAAGAGCUACGACCUCCUGUCUACGCUGUCACAGGCCUCGUACCUGGAGCCGCUGCUGGGCUCCAAGUUUGCAGCGAACAGGAAGAGCACGGGCCAGCUGAACCUGGGCUCGGGUGGGCUGCUGCACGGCCAUUACGGCCACGCCCGCAGCAACUCGCUGCGCGCCAGCCUGAUGGGGGACCGCAAGGGCGACCGGCGCCGGAGCAACACGCUGGACAUCAUCGACGGCCGCAGUUUGAACCACGGCAGCCUGGCGCGCACGCGCAGCCUGUCCUCGCUGCGGGAGGGCGGGGCGGGCGAGCCCCCGCCCCCCGUCGACCCCUGCAACCUCAUGGCCACUAUCUUCUGGAUCGCCACGUCGCUGCUGGAGUCGGACUACGAGUUCGAGUACCUGCUGGCGCUGCGGCUGCUGAACAAGCUGCUGGGCCAGCUGCCGCUGGACCGCGCCGACAGCCGCGAGCGCAUCGAGAAGGUGCAGACCAAGCUCAAGUGGUACAGCUUCCCCGGGCUGCAGCAGCUCUUCCUCAAGGGCUUCACCUCCGCCUCCACCCUGGAGCUCACCAUACACCUGCUCGGCAAGCUCAUCACCGUGUCCCGGCACACGCUGGUGGACCCCUCCCAGGUGGCAGGCUUCCCCCUGAACAUCCUCUGCCUGCUGCCGCACCUGAUCCAGCACUUUGACAACCCCACACCCUUCUGCAAGGAGACGGCCGACAAGAUCGCCAAGGUGUGUGCUGAGGAGAAGUCGGCCACGCUGUCCAACCUGGCGCACAUGAUGAGCCUGUACAGCACCCACAGCUACUCGCGAGACUGCGGCAGCUGGGUCAAUGUUGUCUGCAGAUACCUGCACGACUCCUUCUCCGAGAUCACCUUCAACCUGGUCACCUACCUGGCCGAGCUGCUGGAGAAGGGCCUGGCCAGCAUGCAGCAGUCUCUGCUGCAGAUCAUCCACAGCCUGCUGAGUCACAUCGACCUGUCGGCAGCGCCCGUCAAACAGUUCAACCUGGACAUCAUGAAGACCAUUGGGAAGUACGUGCAGAGCCCGUACUGGAAGGAGGCCCAGAACAUUCUGAAGCUGGUGGUGUCGCGCUCGGCCAGCCUGGUGGUUCCAGAUGAGGUCCAUCGGUCCUACAGCACCGAGUCGACCGGCUCUCCCGAGAUCGCCUUCACACGCAUCUUCAACAGCUGCUCCAAGGAACUUCCCGGCAAAACACUGGACUUCCACUUCGACAUAUCUGAGACACCCAUCAUAGGGCAUAAGUUUGGAGACCAGCGUACCGCUGCGGGGCGAAACGGCAAGCCCCAGGUCAUCGCCGUCACGCGGAGCACCUCUUCUACGUCCUCAGGGUCCAACUCCAACGGCCUGGUGCCCGUCAGCUGGAAAAGACCUCAACUCUCCCAGAGGAGAACCAGGGAGAAGCUGAUGAACGUCCUGUCGCUGUGCGGUCCUGAGUCUGGCCUUCCCAAGAACCCCUCCGUGGUGUUCUCGUCCAGCGAGGACCUGGACUCGGCCGACGCCCAGACCAGCCUGAUUCCCACGGUGGAGGAGGCGGUGAGGGAGGAGGAGGCGGUCGCUGAAGAUGCUGGGAGUGAGCAGCAGUUUGGCGUCUUCAAGGACUUCGACUUCCUGGACGUGGAGCUGGAGGACGCUGAGGAGCUGCAGGGGGAGAGCAUGGACAACUUCAACUGGGGCGUGCGUCGGCGCUCUCUGGAUAGCAUGGACAAGGGCGAUACGCCCUCCCUGCAGGAGUGCCAGUACACCGGCAGCACGCCCAGCCUCAACCUCACAAACCAGGAGGAUACCGACGAGUCGUCCGAGGAGGAGGUACUGACCGCUAGCCAGAUUCUGACCCGCUCCAACCUCCUGAACAGCGACUCGGCGACCGACGACGCCACCUCCAACCACGUCGACUCCCUGCAGCAAUCGCAGGAGUCGUCCAGCAGUGCGGUGACGGAGGAGGCCACGCCCCUGCCGCACCCAGAGAGCCCUGCCCUGGAGCCCGCGCACUCAGACAGCACUAGCAGCCAGCCGCCUGAGGACGUCAGCGUGACGGCGGCGGAUGAGCUGAGCAGCAGCGUGAGCGAGGACACAGGAUUCUGCAGCGCCCCCCUGCUGCCCCCUGAUCCCCCGGAGCUGCCCGACCCCCCUGAUCCCCAGGAUGACCUGGACCCGGCGGCCCCGCCCCCGGCGACCGACAGCCCCCCCGGGUCACUGUGCGAGGACGACGGCGCCCCGCCCCUGGCUCCCGACAGCCCCCCCGCCUCCAUCUGUGAGGAGGACGUGACGCUGGCCCUGAAGGAGCUCGAUGAGAGGUGUGAGGAGGAAGAGGCCGACUUCUCCGGGCUGUCCAGUCAGGAUGAAGGAGAUCCGGAUGGGUUCCCAGAAACCCAGGCGUCUCCGCCGCCCUCGCCCUUUCUCUCCGCCAUCUUAGCGGCCUUCCAGCCUGUGGCUUAUGAGGAUGAGGAGGAUGCCUGGCGUUGCCAUGUCAACCAGAUGCUGUCAGACACGGAUGGAUCCUCUGCUGUCCACACCUUCCAUGUGUUCUCCCGGCUCUUUCAGAGCAUUCAGCGGAAGUUCGGCUCACUAACCCACGCCUCGGUCAGUUUCCUGGGGGAGAGCCUGCAGCACAUUGGGGAGAAGUUCCGCAGCUCGCUGGAGGUGAUGAUGACCUGCUCCGAGUGUCCCACCGUCUUUGUGGAUGCAGAGACGCUGGUGUCCUGCGGGCUGCUGGAGACUCUGAAGUUCAGUGUUCUGGAGCUGCAGGAGCACCUGGACACCUAUAACGGCAAGAGGGAGGCGGCCCAACAGUGGCUGGACAACUGCGUGAAAACCUUCGGGGAGAAGGACAGCCCCUCUCGGCCCAAUACGCAAGCCCAGCGAAUGGAAACUCUAGCAGAGCUGGAGUUAUGUCGCAGGCUGUAUAAAUUGCACUUCCAGUUGCUGCUGCUCUUCCAGGCAUACUGCAAGCUCAUCAACCGAGUGGACACCAUAAAGAAAGAGGCAGAGGUCAUCAACAUGUCAGAGGAGCUGGCCCUGUUGGAGAGCUGUCUGAAGAAGGCAGAGGCAGCAGCUGACGGACAAGAGGAUGUGGGUGUGUCCGAGGUGGCACAGGCCAACACUGAGACGGCCAUUCAAUCGCUGAUCGAGACGCUGAAAGCUCGGGACUUCAGCUCCGCCCUCGCACAGGUCAAAGCCUUCAGGUCUCUGUGGCCAAAUGACAUUUUCGGCAGCGCUGGGGACGACGCGGUGCAGACGCUCCAGCACAUCUACUUCCGGCACCAAAGCCUGGGCCAGACAGGCUGCCUGGCGGUGCUGGGCCCCAGCCAGGACCUGUCCCAGGCCAGCACCCAGCUGAUGGAGCUCAACCUGCAGAUCCGAGAGGCGCUGCGGCAGGUGCACCGCGUCCAGCGGCCGGCCCUCAGCUCGCUACUGAGCACCGGCUUCUGAGACGCCUGACCGGAUUCGCCCCGCGGGUCACGGGAGAGACCCCGUGGAUAAGGGCUAAAGGAUGCGUGGGAAUGUUUGCAACUUUCAUGUGACUUCUUUCCUCAGCCAAUCAACUGGCGGAGCUGCAUAAACC